CGCUAGGGUCGCCGCGGAGGUGCAAAAUGUCAAAAGGCUACAAAACCGCAUCUCGCGGCGCAGCAGCGUUAUACUCCCUUCGCCGCCGCUGCGAGCGCCCUAGAAGCUUAAUACGUCGGUGUUUUUUCCCUUUAGUUCUUUAAUCUCUCUCUCCUCUCUCUCUCACUGGGCGCCGUUCAGUGGAGUGGCGCACGGCCACGACAUGACUGCUCUCGAACUCAUCGGAUCGCUGCCGGGCGAGCGGAAGCCCUAGGCAACCGCCAAGUUCCGAAUGGACUCACCGAGCGAGCGGUUGCUGCUGAAAACAAAUCACAAGGUGAGCGUCCCCUGCCCCGUGCGGCCACCCGGACGGCGAAAAUCCAGCAGCCGGCGGCUGUUCGGCGUCCGCUGCCACCUGCACCGCUUCUACGCCGACUGCCCCGAGGGCUCGCACGGGGGCUCCGGCUGCGGCUCCGGAUACGGCCACGGCCACGGCGGCUCGUCUUCGUCCCGCCGCCACGGGGCGAGGCGGUCCGCUCGCGUCGCCUGGAGCGUCUCCGUGUGGCUGGGCGCGCUGCUCUUCCUGCUGGGCGUCGCGGCGCUGGGCGUGGGCUACGCCGCCCCGCCGAACCUGGUGCGGCGACCGCACCCGUGGCGUCUGGCCGGCCUCUGCAUGUUCUGCAGCGGAGGCUCGCUCCUGGCCGCCGCGCUGAUGCUGGCCGCGCUGUGCCCGCGCUGGCAGGACGAGGAGCCGUACGCCCCCGUCGUGGGCGAAUCCAGGGGAGCGCCGGAGGAAGAGGAGGACGACCUCAGGGUGCCCGUCACCGAGAAGAUCACCGCCGUGCAACCGCUCAGGGACUGAGUAAUGCGCCCGAGGCUACGACUCGAUCGUUCGUUUGAGACCGCGGCCACUUGUGGCGUGCGAUGCUGCGGUCGUCCGGUGUGCGGGAACGGGUAGCCGAUGUCGCUCACGAGCCUAACGUGUGACUCAGUGUCCCACUGGGGUUGGCGGCCGAAAGCGGAAGACUCUGGCAGAGUCAUGUUCCUCGAGCUUAUAGAACACGCGUACGGGCAUUUGCUCGCUCGUUCUGAAUGGCGCAAACGAGAGGGACCGAAAGGGAAUUGUGCCUGUAAGAGGGCGUGCUAGCCCAGAGGAUUAGGGGAGGUCUACAUUCGGGAGGCGUGUGUGGCACAGUGCUUUACCUCGUUGUGAUCUGUGGACGGAAACGGGAGAUCGGGAACGUUGUCGAAAACCUGGCGUAUAAGAGCGUGUAGCGCACCCGAGCACACCAUGCGCGUUUCUCGGUGGAACUAAAUGAAAGUCUUGGUAGUUAACCCUGCCGUAACUUGGCGGUCAUCGCGGGUACAGUAGCCGUGUUUCCCGCAGAUGUUUCGAGAACGUGUGCCGGAGUCGUGAUCACAGACGGACACCAGCGAAUGCGCUUUCAAGCGAAAGUUAUCUGUCAAAAUCAGUUCGCGAGGUAGUUUAUGUCAGCGACAAUGAACCUUCAACAGAAAAGAAAGUAAAAUAUCGAGUCAAUUAUGGGUGUUCACCAGACGUACCUAUACAAUACUAUAACGCCAUGCCCAGACAAAAAAAAAAAAGAAACUUAGACGGCCGAUAUUCGUGAAAACCGGAGACAAGGAAGCAAGAAAAAGAAGAUAAAUAGCGGAAGGUCUGCUUGCAAGGAACUAAGCGUGAAGCUUGCAAGCUCGGUUAUGUGUCGCUCCGUGGUGGCAGGCGGACGUACGCGGACCAUUCUUGUUGGCACCGUUCGGCUGCAGGUGUGUCAGUGUCGUGCUAAUCGUCGUGGAGUGUGCUACGUGUUUACGACCUUAAACGGCGACUGUCUGCAUAGUUGGCGAGGAAAGGUACCCGUAGCAAAUGCGAGACCAUCAGCCGCAGGCCGGAAAACACAACGCAGCCUUCGAUGUAUCAUAAUGAGCGCGUAAAGCGUUUGUUUUUCCAUCGAGGACUAUUUGGUGGCCAAUUUAAUUACGCACGCUGCAGCGAACAGUGUACGUGUAACCGCGUUUGAUGGUCCUUACAUUCUGUAUUUGAAAUUACCGUUUGUCCCUCGCUGGUUGCCCUCAGUAAUUAUAUAUAGCGGACUCGCACUCUAUAGGCGACACCUGUUGCACGUUACCGACGAAGAUCGCGUUGAGGUGGCGUGGCGCUCUUCCAAACUUGCACAUGACGUCAGCUAUUGGCAGAUCCAUCGUUCCGAUAGCAGUGAAUGGGUGAACCCGUGUUAUAAUAGAAUCCUAUAGCUGCUGUGUUUUUGGAUGGCGUGUCGUACCGCGUAGGAUGUCAGAGAGAGAGAGAGAAGUAGAACGGCCAAAGACAGAGAGGGUAACACGAGAUGUUAUUCUGUACAUCGUCGAAUUCCGCCAUGUUGGCGUUUUGAGCCAAUCAGAGGGGCCCCAGCAGGCCCGUGAACCAAUCAGAGCUGACAGAUGGCGGAAUGGACAAUACGGCGGAAUUUGACAAUUUCCAGAGAGAGAAUACGGUUUGCUAGAGUGUCAGAAGUAUACAGAUUCCUCGUGUGGCGUUGGACCGCACGUCUUUACAAAUAAAAUUUUCAAAAAUACAAACAAAGCGCGCGUCUCGUGACGAGCGAUAACGUGAGGAACAGCGAUCAUUUGGGUAGAGCGGUCAGGCGAAAAAAAAUUAUAAUAAUAAAUAAUAAUAAUCAACGCACGCGUGAGCAAUAUAUGGUAUUAUUGGAUACGGAGGUUACAUGAUUUGUGUUCUCCUAACAGGGCGGAGCGAAUGGUAUUCUCUAAAGCUGCCUCACCGGACAGUUGGCGUCUGUUAGGGACACACACUGUUAGGGACUGCACAGUUAUUAGGCUUGUACAUUAUACAGUGCAGCAACACGAAACGUACAGGAGCGGGUCCACGCAUGUACACCGCUGUGUGCAUGUACUCUUCUGUCUUUCUCGCAUACAUGUCUCUGCACUGUACUAACGUCUAACCGCGCAUCACGUCGGCCAUGUUUGCAGGCCCUGCCAGUAUGCGCUACAUAUCGAAGAAAAAAUAGAUAACGCGCACCAUGACAACAGCCAUGUUCGUGCCACCGCGCAUAGCAAAAUGUAGUCCAUGGGAUGUCGUACUUGAGCCGUGAAUGGGCGUAUAGGUUACCGUGGUUAAAGCAAACACUGCAUAGUAUACAGGUAUGUGCUGAGCCGUUUCGAAACGUGCGCCAGGUUGAUUACUGAUGCAACCUCUUAAAUAGUUUGAGCAAUCAUUUGCCAGGCUCUAGCAAAAAAUAGAUAACGAACGUAUAGCUGUUUCUAGUGGGUACACUUCGAUUAAACGUUUGUGAUAAUUUAUGCUUUGACUUUUCUGUACAGAUAUAUGCUAUAUUGGGCUCGCCUCAUGCCUCGCUACCGGCUGUAGGAAUGAGCACCACACACGGGGGGAAAAAUGAACAAGGACGACGGAUGUUCGUGAACAACAUGAAAAAUGACAACCGCGCCAUCUGAAUUAAGGCUAUAAGGACAAUGACGAAAGAAAGGCCACACACAGAUAAGCUCGUUAAGUGGCCCCCGUGCUGCUCUUACAUCGGAUGUUUCAGCGAAAACUUUCACAGUUCUUUUCAAAUUGCAUGUGGCAGUUGGCACAAUUCUAGUCCACGAGCUGGCCUACUCGAAGAGGCCGCGGAUAUUACUUGCACAAAAAAAUUGAUAUGCAUAAUCGACUAAGAAACAGCUAUUCGCAAAUAAAGUUUUUAACCAAUUACCUUAUGGCACUCAUUGCAAUUCACAAAUUCUAGCCGGACAGUUCUCGAGGCGGAUCCACUCGGAACGAAUUCUCAGGACGACACCAGUUUCGAAACAUUUAUUCCCGAACUUUGCAGAGAAAUGCGUUCGCCUUCCAUUUACUUUUCUGUUUCAAUUCAUAAAACAGCGUUUCGUUAAGAAAGUAAGUGGAACGGUAGUGAAUUUUUUACCGCGAGUUUGACGGCGCAUAUCUCGUAAAUGGUGUCAUCCACGCAAUUAUUUUCAAGUGGAUGUGCCUUGAAGUCUCCGCCGCUGGAAUUUGUAAAUUACAGUACGUGCCGUAAGGUAAUUAGUUAGACACUUAACUGGUGAAGGUUUGUUAAUUUGUCGAUUACGCAUUUCAGUUAGUUGUGCAAGUAAUGUCCGCGGCCUCCUCGAGUAGACCACAUCGUGGACUAGAAUUGUGCCGUCAGCCACAGGCAAGUUUUCAAAAUUUUGUUCGCUGAGACACCAUGUAUAUUAAUGCGGGGGCCCAUCGGCUCUCACGGCGUCGACAGCAGUUGUCCAAGCAGCACGCGUGCACAACACACAUACAAUCGUUUCAGCUCCGCGACGCGUACUGUUGUUGACAGAGCCAACAGCAAGCGCAGGAGGUGGAACCCGUUCCAGAAGUAUGUCGUCUGCUAUAUAACUUUUGAUGGAGUGUUCAUAGAUGUAUAGAACUGGUUUAAUGUUACGCCUGUGAUGUGCCAUUGCCGAUUGUUUACAACCUUUGUAUUUUUGUAAUUCUUUAGCACUGUUACUCGAAACAACAAGCUAUGGCCUUUAGUGUAUAGCGUCCAAACGUACACUGUACGCACAGCUCUACGAAUCGCCAGCAAUUAGGCGACCGAAAAGAGAAGCCGUCGUUCGCAAGCCCUUAAAUCUAGGCACUACAUUUCAGAUCGAUUUCGCCUGAAAUUGACGACUGUGAGGGAUCGAACGACGUGAAACAAGGCCCAUCUAUGAUUAUUUAAUUGUUGCUGACGGAGCCUCGUUCGCUGUCCGCAUUGUGUGUGCGAUGCGUGCUAUAGACAGACCACUUCUGACCGCAAUUGUUGUAUACGUUAUUGGAGUGAACAAGUAUGUACACGUUAAUUGUCAAGCGUAAAACUGUUGCACAUAUUGUGGAUUAGCACACUUUUCUCCGGCUUCUAGCCCACGUUCCUGCGAUUCUUGUCCGCAUCGUCACAGCAAAGGUCUUCGCUGAACGCAUGGUCUUGUCCAGCGGAACAAGCUUCCAGGAACACCGUCAUUAGAGCGCAUUCUAAUAGGUGGCGCCAUCUUGUGUUGCUUCUUUAAUUAUGACACGAGGGUAAUUUAUUUCAGUGAACGGUUGGUCGUGCCCCAGUUAUCUGCCGGCGUAAGACAAAAUGGCGGCAGCGACAUGUAUGAUCACUGUGAAUGAAUUUUGGACGCUCUCUUUGUUGAAGCACUCCCGCUAGAUACAUAUAGUGUGAGCUGUUCCUUCCGACGAAGCGAUAUCUCGGCUAAACGGUGAGAUCCGGGGCACUUAAAGAUUUCACUUAUUCGUAUAGUGACUGCAAUCUGCCUUCGCAGUCAACGACUAUAAUUGGUCGAACCGCUGAUCAGCCUCCACGUCGGCCUUUUCGCAAAACAUAAAAAAAAACGAAAAGAAAACCACGGAUGUGUUCUUCGGACGUGUAUUUUUCUAGCUCGCGUACAUUUUCGUUCACAGAGUUUGUAUAUGUUUCUUUGAAUGAUUGCCUUAACCGAGGUACAACUUGUGAAAUAAAUGUGGUGCUGGUUGAAA